CCACACAUGUACGCUCUCAGCAGCAGAUUAUGGACGUGACCUUUGUGACGUGAAGAUGUCCAGGAUCUUCUAAGAGAUGGACCUCCUGUGGAACGAUGACCCUGAGGAGCUGCUGCUGGAGCUGGGCUUUGGCUGUGACGAGCCGGAUCUCUCUGGACGUAUCCCUGCGCGCUUCAUCAACUACCAGUCCCAGGCCCGUGGCAUCAACCUCAAUGUGUUCUUAGACGCCCAGAGGAGCCGCAUCGAUCUGGAGAACCCCGAUGUCGGCAACCGCUUCAGGCAGGUGGAGGUUCUGCAGCAGGUGUCCGUGGCCUUCUCCUCUUUGGGCGGGCCCCACAAGGGCCCCUACACCAGAGACAUGUCCCCUGAGGCCCGGGAGAGACGCAGGCGGAUGGGCAUGCUGUUCCGAAGGGCCUCCAAGAAGUCCCUGAGCCAGCUCCACAGCCCCAUCCCUCAGGAUCUAACUGUGGCUACUGCUAUCACUGCACCCGGAGUCUAUCCCAAAGCCCUGGAACCCAUGUACGGGCCUGAGGAGAGGAAGGUCCCAUUUAAGAGGGUCAAACUGCAGGACACAGUGAGCCUCAGUCCCUUUGUGGAGGAGGAGGGAGAGGAGGCAGAGGCCCAGGCAGGCACCAACUCAUCUGAGCACGCUGGAGAGGGAGAGCCCAGGACUGUCCGAGAGCGCUUCCUGGACAGAGUUCUGCAGAGGAAGAGGAGUCUGCAAAUGAGGGAGUCCUUUGAGAUGGAGGAGCUGGGCAGCUUUGAUGACAGCAGCGCCGCGGGACAGGACCUUGCAGGGACACACUUUGGUGGAUCAGCGAGGGGUCUGAUCCGAGUCAACAGCUGCCAGUCGGACAGCAGUGGGUUCCUGGAGGACCCGUUGAUCCCAGCCAUGCCCCAGGACACCUCCCCAGCUCCAGAUCUGCUCAAGGCUCUCUCUGCUCUUUCUGGAGGAAGCACUGACAGUCACCCUGGAGACAUGCCCACACAGACCUCCCUCUCUUCUCCCACGGCCAUGGACCACAUGCCUGAAUUUCUUCCUGGACUUGGGUCUCCACCGGCUUCAAACCUACCGCAGAUUCCAACAACAACCUUGGAUUCUGGUGCUCCUUCAAAUCUCCAGGCCGGAGAACUGGUUCCUCAAGAGAAUGGGCUUGACAGUGAUGAUGUCUUAUUACCACCUGAUAAUUCUUCACCUAUGACUGAAUCAUUUGCAGUUGAUCAACAAAAGACUGCAGCUGAAAAGAGGUCUUCAGACAUAGACAAUAUCCAUAAGACAUCAGAUUUAGAAGAAAAAAAUCCGUACUUUAUUCCUUCUCCAAAAAGGGAAGUUGAUAGUAAUUCUUCCAUCUAUUCUACUGAUUUUGAUGAAAUUCUGCCUCACCAAACCUCAAAGUCCAGAGAAAAAGUCUUCCAAUCUUUGGACAGGAUGAAUAUUCCUGGCGUGACACAUUUUCUAAGUCGUCAAGAUUCAUUUGAAACUGUCAAUGAUGAAGGACCUGUGCAAGAUAUUUUAGAGGUAAAAAAAAUUGUAAGUGAUCCAGAGAGUCCAAGAUUGCCGUCAGAAGAUGUCUACCUUGAGACAGAUAUUGAAUGGCAGGAAGAACCGCAAGACACAGUUGUUGAAGAAUGGCAAGAAGAAAGUUUUCAUAAAGAUUGUUUAAAUGAAAAGAAUGUUGUUGAAGAUGUUCCUGGUCAUGAAGAAUUGAGCCCAAAACUGACAGAGCUGAUCGAGGUUGAGAGCUUGGAUGAUGUGUUUGAAACAUCGGUGGAUAAUUCCGAAGUAGACUCUGAAGAUGUGGAGACAUUCUUUGAGGAGCUGAAUUCUAUUGGACUAGUGUACUGGGCGGAACCAGUCCAGGUCGUAGAUUCAAGCCCUCAGUCUGAAAGUUUGGAGGGUCUAGACAUCAUCGAAGAAUAUUCCGAACUGGCUAUGGAGUCCGAUCUUGGUGAUUUUCCACCAACACCUAGACCUUUGUUACCAAAUGAUAGAACCUUCAGAGAUUCCAUGGAGUUCAUCACAUACAACACUGAAGAUAAGUCCUCUUCAAUGUCCCUUACAGACUUAGAGGACAAACCAUCCAAGCAUUCUAUCUCCGCCCAGAUGCUGUCCUCGUCCUCUUCUCACAUUGUCCAUAGAAAGGAUGUUCCUUACAUGGACAACCCCAAGCACGUAGCCCUCCCGAGGAGGUUCAAACUGGACACCACCAACCCUUUCCGUGCGGUGCAAUCAUGGACAGAUCUCCACAUUCAAUACAAUCCAAAUGUCAUGAAGUCCAGGCAGGUCUCCACCAGUGCUGGCGCUAGUCUGAACAGGCCCUCUGAUAACUACUGGCCUCCUCAUCGAGCGAGGGCUCACGAGUGGCAGUCAGAUGAUUGUCUCCACAGGACGUCCAAGGAGGAGGAGUCUCAGGCAAUCUCCAGGGAUACGGGUCUGUGGGCGGAGGGUGAGGACGAGGAGGUGGACAGGGCUGGAGCACAGGGGAGUGGACAGACAUGCACCUGUGACCACAAGUGUAACUGCAGAAAACAGGGCAGCCAACAGCGCAUGUUGUCUCAGAGGGAGCUGGAGGAGCUGCUUCUGCACCUGCACAGGUUCUCCUCUAUGCUGGGACUCAUGGAGGAACAUCUGACAGAGGAGCAGACAGCAGUGUACAGCGCCCUCUCCCACCAGGACAGGGAGCGUGUGGCUGAGCUGCUGCGGCUCAGACAGGCUGUGAGGCAGGAGGCUGUGGAGCUGGAGAAGCAGCUGUCUGACCUGGUGCACCACGAUGACCGCAGCCUCUCUCUGAACAUGCUCCGUCUCCUGGAUGAGCAGUCACUCCUCUGCUCCCAGCUGCGGCUUUCUUCCCAAGGGCCCCAGGAGGCUCACAGAAAGACAGUGGCCACACAGUGCAGUCUGCAAAAGGGACCCCCACAGCCCCACGGUGUGACCGCUGGGCCCCCCUCACUACAGCCAGCUCCAUCUCACCCGGCCCUAGGCUGUGCUCCGGCUAAAAGUGACAAACUGCACGUGGUUGGAUUUUUACACAGACUGACACAUUCAAUUCGACAUUAGCAAAGCACCGACUCAAAGGACGAUCAGCUGGUGGGACUUAUCAGGAUGAAGAUGUUCAAGACAUUAUA